UCUUUUCCCCUUCCAUCACUAUAAAAGAAGAAGUGAUCUUUUUUUCUCAGUCCUCUAGGGUUUUCUUCUCUUUACAAACCCUGCAUUAUAAUGGUGAAGAAGCUUUGUUUUUGUGAAUUCAUUCUUCUCUGUCAUCUACUGCUGCUGUCACUGGUUUUCUCCAACAAACAUGGAAACCCUGCAAGUGAACUUGUCGACAUCAUUAACAACAAUCGAACUUCUCAAAAACUUAAAAAACUAAAUGACAGUCCUGGUCUGGGUUGCAUGGCUUUGCAAUAUGUUGAAUUAUGCAAGGGGAACUGCACUAACGGAAAUGCUGUGAACUGUCAACCUCCAGAAGAUGACUUCACAGAAGUUUUUGCUCCCAACUGUGGUGUAGAGCUACCAACUUUUGGAACCAUAACAGGCCACAUUGUGGGUUGUCAAUCGAAAUAUGUUGAGCCAUUUCUAGCGUUUUCAAAUGUGCUGGUCAAAGACAACAAAACUUUAUCUCUUCUGAGAAAUAAAUCACAUAAAGAGGUAGGUGUGGGAUUAGUUGGGUAUCAUAAAAGUUUUUAUUGGUGUGCAUUAUUUAGUGAUGGUGGCACAAAUACCACGUUUGUUCUGGAAGAUCAAGGCCAGGGGAUUAAACAAAAGAAAGGGUGCUUCAGUGGAAGUACAUAUCCAUGCAGUGGUGCUGGUGCAGUGAAGAAGAAAACUUUGUUUUUCAACAACUACAGAAUGACCAUGGUUUUCUUAUGUCUUUUUUUUCUACAACAUUUUUACCACAACUUAGUGUGAGAAGAUAAUAACAUUGUGAAAAAGGUUCUGUAUAAUUUUUCAGAUUUUCUUCAGUUUCUUGAUGAUUAUGAAUCUUAAAGAUGAUCUUGACCAUUCUCAAAA